UCUCUCUCUCUCUCUCUCUCUCUCUCUCGCUCGCUCUCUGUGGUUGAUCCUCUUCCCUUGGCCUCGCCGGACCCGACUCGCCUCCGCACCACCCAUCGGCGACUCGACGCCGACCGCCUUCUUUCGCCUCCCCUUCCAUCAGAUAAGAACCGAACCUGCCAUCGGGAUCGCAUCGGUCGGUGUAGAUCAAGACCUUUGGACCGGAGGGGAGGGCAGGAAGCGCACCGUGUCCGGCGCUACCUCGCCGGCGAUGUCAAGGAUACCGACUGGAAACAGGAGGGAUACCUCCCAACCCGGUGGUUAUUCAAACGAAACAUCUCUUCGUGUUGUUGUGCUGGAAAAUAGCGAAGUGUAUAUUAUCAUUAGCUUAUCAUCACGGCCCGAUACCCAAGUAAUUUAUGUGGAUCCAACUACUGGCGCAUUGCGUUACGAUGGGAAGAUUGGGAAGGAUGUUUUUGGAUCCGAGGAACAGGCUAUGAAUUAUGUCACGGAUGGAUCAAGGUUGCUGUGUAAGAGUAAUAUAUAUGGUAGGGCUAUACUUGGUUAUGCAUCACUUGGGAGCUUCGGAUUACUUUUAGUUGCAACCAAGGUAACCGCUAGCAUCCCAAAUCUCCCUGGUGGUGGGUGCGUAUACACAGUCACAGAAAGUCAGUGGAUCAAGAUUCAACUUCAAAAUACUCAACCCCAAGGAAAAGGUGAAUUAAAAAACAUUCAGGAAUUAGCUGAGCUUGACAUUGAUGGAAAACAUUAUUUCUGUGAAACAAGGGAUAUUACCCGCUCCUUCCCAAGCCGCAGGAGUUUUCAGGAACCAGAUGAUGAAUUUGUUUGGAAUGGUUGGUUCUCAAAGCCUUUCAAAGAUAUUGGGUUGCCAAAACAUUGUGUCAUUCUUUUGCAGGGUUUUGCUGAGUGCCGGAGUUUUGGUGGUACAGGUCAGCAAGGUGGGGUUGUAGCUCUUAUUGCACGUCGUAGCAGACUACAUCCAGGCACUCGUUAUUUAGCUAGAGGUCUGAAUGCUUGUUGUGGCACAGGAAAUGAAGUGGAAUGUGAGCAGCUUGUGUGGGUUCCUCAGCGGGCAGGGCAAAAUGUUUCAUUUAGUUCAUACCUCUGGCGACGUGGCACUAUACCCAUCUGGUGGGGUGCAGAGUUGAAGAUUGCUGUAGAGGCCGAAAUUUAUGUUUCUGCUCAGGAUCCUUACAGAGGAAGUUUGCAGUACUAUAAAAGACUAAGUAGGAGAUAUGGUCCACAAAUUUCUGAAUUGAAGGCAGUGGGACAAAAGAAAACUCCGGUUCCAAUUAUUUGUGUUAACUUGCUAAGAAGUGCGGAGGGGAAGGCAGAAACCAUUUUGGUUGAACAUUUCAAAGAUUCUGUAAAAUAUGUAAGAUCUACAGGAAAACUUCCUUCUACUUUUAUUCAGUUGAUUAAUUAUGAUUGGCAUGCGACUGUAAAGUCCAAAGGUGAACAAGAGACAAUUGAGGGGCUAUGGAGACAUCUCAAGGCACCUACAAUGGCUAUUGGCUUUUCUGAAGGAAAUUAUUUUGCUUCAGAGAAGCAGCUCAAAGAAUGUAAAGGACUAGUGGUCUCUAAUGAUGACUUUGACGGUGGAUUCUGUUUGAGAUCACUUCAAAAUGGGGUGAUACGGUUCAAUUGUGCAGACUCAUUAGAUAGAACAAAUGCUGCCAGUUACUUUGGGGCUCUUCAGGUUUUUGUGGAACAAUGUGAACGCUUGGGCAUAUAUCUUGAUAGAGAUGCAUUUUUUGGCUUUUCUUCAAUAAACAAAUCUGCAGAUUAUAGUGGAAAUACAGGUCCUUUGCCACCCGGUUGGGAGGAACGUUAUGAUUCUGUAACAGGUAAACAUUUCUAUAUUAACCACAAUACACGGACAACUACCUGGGAGCAUCCUUGCAAGGGCAAACCCUGGAAGAGAUUUGACAUGUCAUUUGAUAGAUUCAAGAGUUCAACAGUGUUAGCUCCAGUAAAUCAACUGGCUGACCUUUUCUUGCUAGCUGGUGACAUUCAUGCGACAUUGUAUACUGGUUCAAAAGCAAUGCAUAGUCAUAUUCUAAAUAUAUUCAAUGAUGAUGGUGGGAAGUUUAGCAAGUUUUCUGCAGCACAGAAUGUUAAGAUUACACUUCAGAGGCGAUACCAAAAUGUUAUAGUGGAUAGUUCUCGCCAAAAGCAGUUGGAAAUGUUUCUCGGACUGAGGCUUUUCAAGCACCUUCCUUCCAUACCUAUGCAUCCUUUGAAAGUAUUAUCACGGCCAUCUGGAUGUUUUCUAAAACCAAUUCCGACUGUCCUGCCAACAACUGACAAUGGUUCUAGUCUCCUCAGUUUUAAGAAAAAGAACCAAAUUUGGGUGUGUCCUCCUGCUGCAGAUGUUGUUGAACUUUUUAUCUAUCUUGCAGAACCUGGCCAUGUAUGCGAAAUUCUUCUAACAAUAUCACAUGGUGCAGAUGAUUCCACUUAUCCAGCUACUGUUGAUGUUAGGACUGGAUGUAGUAUAGAUGAGCUUAAGCUUGUUCUUGAGGGUGCAUGUAUACCAAGGUCUCCUGAUGGGACAAACGUGUCCAUCCCUUUGACUGGAAAAGUUGAUUCCAAGGAUUUAGCUGUCACUGGAAAGAGCUCACAUGCUCAAGAAGGUUCCUACCUGCCUUUGUUGUUUGACUAUGAAGAAUUGGAGGGAGAAUUGAACUUUCUAACUCGCAUUAUUGCACUUACUUUUUAUCCAUCUGUUCCUGGAAGGCCUGUUACUCUUGGCGAGAUUGAAGUGCUUGGCGUUUCUCUUCCAUGGACAAGAAUAUUUACUGAGAAUGUCGUUGGUGCUAACUAUAUCAAACUUCUCCAAGAAAAUUCAAGGCAGAGUAACACUUCUCAACAAGCCUCUGAUGUAAAUGUCACCACAAACCCCUUUUUGUGCAAUUCAAACGAUAUCUCUGGUUCAUCUUCAUCUAAUGGCGGUGGACGACUAGCUCAACAAAGUACUACUGACAAUCUUAUUGACCUGCUAACUGGAGAUCUUAUUACUUCUUCUCAAUCAGAGAUUUCAAGUAUAACAGAAAAUUCUCAGUUUAACAGUCAAGAUCCGCUCGACCUUUUUGGGGGUUCUGUUGCUGAUAACAUUUUUCAAGUUCCUGAUAACACAGAGAGUGAGUCCAAAAAUGAACCAGUCAAAGAAUUUGGUGGUGUUAAACAUUACAUUGAUAUCUCCACAUCCCUUUUUGGUUCUAACAAGGGUGGAAAUUUUGACUUUAUGCAAUCGUUGAAGCUUGAAAUAGAACGCCUUCGUUUAAAUAUUUCUGCAGCUGAGAGAGACAGAGCUUUAUUAUCUGUCAGCAUUGAUCCUGCAGCAAUAGAUCCAAAUCGCUUACUUGAUUACUAUGACCUGGUAAGCGUAAGUAGUUAUGCAGAUAAACUAGCUUUGCUGGCCCAAACUGCAUAUGAAGAUAAGGUUAAUGCUUCCAUUGGGCUUGAACAAGUUGAUGAUGAUAUAGAUUUCUGGAAUAUUAAUGAAUUUGGUGAAACAUGCUGUGGAGCUGCUUGUGAAGUCCGUGCUGAAAUGACUCCUACAGGAACCUUUUCCGAUGUUUCAUCUAGUGGCAUGUUACCAUUGCUUCUGGAAUGCACUAUAUGUCAAAGAAAGGCUUGCAAAAUUUGUUGUGUUGGGAAGGGAGCAAACUUCCUGCUUGAUAAUGAUUUCAAAGAGGUGAAAAUCUACAAUGGUUUAUCAAGUCAGACUGGAUCUAAUCAUGGUGGGCAAAAUGAAGGUUCCUACAGAAGCCAUUCAGCUCUUGAUGAUGGAGUUAUCUGUAAAAAUUGUUGUAGUGAAGAUAUUCUUCAAGCAUUAAGUGUGGACUACAUUAGGGUUUUAUGUACCUUGCGGAGAAGAGCUCGUACACACAAUGCUGCUCAUUGGGCCUUGGGUCAAGUUGUUGGACCAGUGUUAGAUAGUCUAUAUAAUUCGUGGCAAAGCAUAGAAACUGGCAAGAGACAGUUAAGGGCACUACUGAAUGGAGCAGAGUCCCUUGCUGAAUUUCCUUAUGCAAGCCUAUUGCAUCAGGUGGAAACAGCUGAGGGAUCUGAGCCAUUGUUAUCAUUACUUGCGCCGCUUGGCAUGGGUGAACAUCAUGGUUAUUGGAGAGCACCCCCGAGUAUGUCCACUGUUGAAUUUUCAGUUGUUCUUGGAAGUCUAUCAGAUAUUUCAGGGGUUGCCUUGGUUAUUAGCUCUUGUGGUUACACAACAUCUGACUAUCCUACAGUUCAGAUUUGGGCAAGCAAUACAAUACACACAGAUAAGCGCUCUUCAAUGGGAAUAUGGGAUCUAAAAUCACUAAUAUCAUCAUCUCCACAACUUUAUGGUCCUGAAAAGCUUAGUAGUGAGAACGAGAUCCCAAGACAUGUGAAAUUUGAGUUUCGCAAUCCUGUUCGGUGCCGUAUUGUCUGGAUCAAAUUGACUCUCCCACAAAGUGAGUCCAGCUCUGUUAACACUGAAGAAGAGUACAAUCUUUUUUCGUUUGAUGAAAAUUUCACUUACAAGCCGAAACUCCCAGCUUCUGAUGGUAUUGUCAAUAAUAAUCGAUGCAUACAUGCAAAGCGGCUUAUAGUCUUUGGAAAGUCUUUGAAAAAGGAGGUGGAUCAGGAUGCAUCUUUACAGGUCCCUGAGAUGAUGAAAAUUAGAAGUUUCUUAGAGAGAUCUCCACAACUGAGUCGGUUUAGAGUGCCUAUUGAAGCUGAAAGGUUAAAAGAUAAUGACCUUGCGCUUGAGCAAUUUCUGUCACCAAGUGUCCCUGUAUUAGCUGGUUUCCGGAUUGAUGCUUUCAAUGUCAUAAGACCACGAACCACCCAUUCACCUUUUCCUAAGUUGGAUAUUUGGGAUUGCUCAACUUUUAUGGAGGACAGGUACAUACUGCCAGCAGUACUAUACAUCCAGGUGUCUGUUGUUCAGGAAUCAAGAAAGUCUGUUGUGGUGGGGGAAUAUCGCCUUCCGGAAGUUAAAUCUGGCACAGCUCUUUACUUUGAUUUUCCACGCCCGUUACAGGCUCAAGUCAUCGUUUUCAAACUACUUGGAGAUGUCACUGCCUUCGCGGAUGAUAUAGCUGAACAAGACAACACAAGCCUUCGAACACUUCCAUCAGCUUCAGGCUUGUCUUUAUCAAAUAGAAUUAAGUUGUAUUACUAUGCAGAUCCAUAUGAGCUCGGAAAAUUAGCGAGUUUAUCUGCAAUUUAGUUGCAUUUCAUGUAGAUAAGGACACCAAAUGACAUCCCAUUUUCAAGCUAAGUUGAUUUGGCUUCUUGUAGAGUGAAAAACCAAUAAUUACGUAAGAUAUACAGCUGAGGCUUUUUUUAUUGCUCAA